AUGAACGAUGCUGAUACGAACGAACCACCACCAGUCCCCGGUGCAUUGUAUGUCGGUGCUACUAACAUUCUUGUCCCUGAUGCCUCUGCUGAUCUUCCUUUGCUCGUUUCGACUACUCAAGAUCAGCCACUCUGUAAACCCAAGCAACUCAUUCAAUCUGCUCAUACGCUUCAGGUUUUGAAAGGUUAUGACUUUAUUAUCCUGACUAAUCAAAUCAACUCCCCUCGUAAGCUCUUGAUUGAUUACACGAAUCAUCUCUUGGUCUCCUCUCCUACUGGUAUUCAUUCAGUACGAAUGGAUAAAUGUGGUAACUCUGAUAUUCAGCUCAUCUAUGAAGGUCAAGUUCAAUCCAUGGCUCUCUUUCGUAAUCGUCUUUAUGUUGUUGGUCAAGAAUCUGUCAUGGCCUUUACUUAUAGUGAUGGGCAACAUAGUCCUUUAAGUGAAGGUGUUGAGGUUAUUCAUAAUACGGGUACUGAGGCCAUUGAUUUGACUAUUGACCUCCUUGGACAUGCUUAUGUAGCUCGUGGUGAUGUUAUCAAGAGAUUUAAUGUUAGAUUUCUUCCUGUGGAAGGUUUUGAUUUUGAAAGAGAUGGUGAAAUUUACGCUUAUGGAACUAAUACACAAGGACUUUUGGGGUUGGAUGCUCAAUCUAGAUUAUGGGGUAUUAAUGGUGUAUCCCUCGUCAAUGGUGAAAUUAAGCGAGCUGAUAUUAGCGCUAGUGAAAAUCUUGCAUCUGGUAUUGCUGAAGAACUCAAUGUAUAUGAAACUCCUAAUACGAACUAUGGUUUCCCAUACUGUAUGACAGAAUAUAAAUUUACAUCCUCUGACAAUAGGGGACGUCAAUGGGCGCAUCCAGAUUUCAUGAGUGAUUCUAUCAAUGAUGACUAUUGUCAACAACAUGCUAACAAUCUUCCACCCGCUGUUCCCUUACCACCCAACUCGAUAGCCUCAAGUGUUCAUUUCUUUAUGGGUCAAUUUUGCUCUGUUGGUGAUUUGAAAACAGGAGCUACCUCUGUGGGUCUACCUUGUAAUUGGACAGAUACUCCCAUCUUGGCCAAUCAUGGUUCAGGCAAUGUUGUUCAUUUGCCCUUUGAUGAUGUAGGACAUAACCCCAGAUGGGAUAAACAUACUCCUGAAGUCAUCUUGAGUAGCAGUCAGUGUACUCAUGGGGCCUGUUUUACCCCAUUUGGCUUGGCUGUUGACCACUUUGGUCGUCUGUUGGUAAGCAGUGAUGAAAGUAACGAGAUUGUAAUGAUUUCACGUAUCUAUAAUGAAAAGGCACUCAAGGUCUUGACAGAUAAGGCGGCACUAAACAGUUAA